GCGGCUUUGCAAUGGCGAGCAAGCUAAAAGAAAGCAACGCCGUUACUAUUAUACCUUACUCUACAUGCACAUCUCAAGGAAUGAUCACCCAGGUUUGAUAAGAUUGGGACUUUGUGUCCUCACUGUCACAAAAGUCACAGGAAAGGUAUCAAGAAUGAAGAUACGUGUAGGUUGCAAGAGGUGAUGGUCCCUUUAGUUCCUAAGAUUUUGAACUCCCAACUCUGUUCCUCCCAAGUCUCCUCCUCCUCCUUCCUCCUCCCCCUAACUUAUCUCAGCGAGGAGAUACCAGUCCAGUCUUCGCUCUUGGAGCAGUCCCUGCACCUGUGCGGUGCCAUUCUCAGCUCUUUGUACUCCCACUGCCCCGUGCGGCAGCGGACCUCCUCGUUGUUUGCGUGGGCGGCGCACUUGACGAACACGGCGUUCAGGCUGUGUCCACAGCUGUACCGGAUCUGGUACUGGGUGCAUACGCGCGGCGGGGGGUCGGGCGCCGUCUCUUUUGUGGGAGAAAGGAGCCGGUCGCCGUGAUGAGACAUCUGGAGGGAAUUUCAGGUUAGUGCUCCGCUCCAAGUUUGCUUCCCAAAGCAGGAGA